CUCUUAUUGUACAUCUAGUUUUCAGUUUAACAGCAUGUUCGGGUGUGUUAUGGCUUUACGACUUUCAAGAUUUGCGCUCCAAAAUGGGCACAAAUUUCGUGGUUACAGCCGCUGUAUGUCGGCCAUCGCCCAGCCGCAGCCGGUUGAAUCGAAGCAGUAUCCCGAGAAGAUAACAAACAUUGUGACCGAGAUCUCAAAGCUGACCUUAAUCGAAGUAGCAGACUUAAAUGAACUCCUUAAAAAGACGUUAAAUAUUCAGGAAACUCCUAUGAUGGCUGCCGUAGCAGCUGGUCCAGCAGUCCCUGCUGCGCCUGCAGAGGACGACGAGCCUCAGGUGAAGAAGAUGCAGACAUCGUUCAAACUUAAACUAGUCAAAUUUGAUGAGGCUAAAAAGAUCGCCCUCAUCAAGGAACUCAAGAAUAUUAUGGAGGGUACUAAUCUCGUGCAGGCAAAAAAAUUUGUUGAGAGUGUGCCUCAAGUUAUAAAGGGCGACCUAACUAAAGAAGAGGCUGAAGGGUUGAAAAAAACAAUAGAAGCUGUCGGAGGAGGCUGCGAAAUCCUCUAGGCCUUAAACAUACGGUACGAAGUGAUCGUGUCACCUGCAUCUCCAAGCGCCAACUGUAGAUUCAUAUAAUUAAGGCCUAUAAAAACAACAGUAUGUUUGAUACGUACGCGUCCUUUAUUUUAAGCGAUGUGUUUGCAAAAAUAAUAGUAAUAAUAAAGAAUAAAUAAAGGUUAGAGUUUUACAUUAUUAUGCGA